CUGUUUAAUACACGAAGCGAGCGUUGAACUCUCAAUUUAUGUCUAUUUUGCUGUAACAAGACCUUAUAGCAAACGUAUCUUAAAUUAUAAAAAUACUUCAAUAUACAGGGAAGACUCAGGCACAGGCGGGGUGUUACAAUUCCUCCUGUGGACAAUGAAUGAGAAGAAGGCCCAUGAAAAUGAGUCAGAAGGGCCAGGUACUGGAGAAGGGGAGGUGGAGGCGGUUCAUCAACAACACACAGAGCUACGACACGAUCAGGUGGCUCUACCACAGGAGACCGGCAUGUUGGAGGACGCAGCAUUGCAGGAGGAGACACAGCCACAUGAUGCCUUGCCCGUCCAUAACUCGAAUCAACCAGAACCUGACGGACCCAAGGAGCCGGGAGGGCCCGUCAGGAAACUGGGGUUUAGAAGUAAGUCGGGGAUUGGUCCUCCACCGCGACCAUUUAAGAAAGCUAGGUAUGCCUGGGAGAUUAAGAACUAUGAACAUACUUUAAGUAAUAUGACGCAGAAUUUAGGUGAAUGUUCGACAGAUAUUCAAGAUGACAGUCAAGACUCUCAAUCUAGUGACGUGAACAGUGAAGGAAGUCAAGAAGAUGGUGUUUUAGAUCCCAGGGAGGGAUUACCCGUAGGCAGCUUAGACAGAGCAGCAUUUAUGGACCCAAGAGCACGGCCACGACCCGAUCUCAUGCCCCCCAUCAUGCCAGCACCGUAUCCCACGACGUAUGGCAUGAUGGCCGCCCCACCUCCGCCCGAUGCCAGUUUACGGCCAGGCGAUUGCUUAAAGGAUGGCCAGCAGGUGCAACCAGAUCCGGAUGCUGGCAUAUUGAGGUGGCACACGAGACAGUUGUGUCGUAGCAUCUUUGACAACACAGUGAACAGAAUGUUAGAGAACAUGGGAUUCUCACCAGUAACGGAAAGAAGCCAAGGGAUUCACCCCCUUUUAGUCUUAAGCUUAAGUGACGAUGAAGAACGAGAGGCAGAAGAGGCCCAACAGCGAGCACUAGAAAAUGAAGCCCUAACAGCAGCCAUGCACCACAAGGGACUCUUUAUGCCACCCUAUCAUUACGACCCACUAGAAAGUGGCACCACUACAGACUACGACUCGUCUGAUGAUGACAGUGAUCUAGGAGAGGACCCGGGCCCAGAUGACUUGCCUCAUGACACUCAUUUACAUAUGACGCAUAUGAUAAGCAGACCAUUACCUCGUGUACCUGCCAUGUCGGCCAUGCCCACUAUGCCUGCCAUGCCCAUUAUACCCAAUGUGCAACUGGCCCCCCCUAGUACCCAGCCCUCCUCACCUCACCCGAUUCCGCCCCAUCGGCCACAAGAGCCCGACUGUGAUUUAGACAAGCACGCCUGUGAUGCAGCCAUACCUGGAAAAGAUACGAGCUGUGGAAAUGAAGAAUCUACUAUAGACAACAACAAGAACUCCGUGGGGGACCACAGCGACACUACGGCAGUGGAGAGCGAAGAGAGCAGAGACGAGGCCGACAGAAGGCAAGCGGACACUCCACACAAAGCAGAAAACGAGAACAACAACGAUAAAUACUUUGUAGACCAAGCCAUUGAGAUGGCCAUUAAACAGCAAGGCUUGGGUUACCAGCAAGCGUGAUGGCCCCGUAGCUUAGCUAGGUCAACAAGUUGAAUUGUUCCGUGCUUUUUCUGCCAUCCCUUCCUGUGAGUGUUGCUGAAUGUGUGAGUUUUAGACUAGUUUCUUGCUGGACACUGAAAUGAUGUUAUUUCUGUCAUAGGUCAUAAUAUAAAGCUUUUUAUUAUAAACUGACUUCGGGAAAUUCUUUGCUGGUGAAGUCUAGCAUCCAGUGACUUCAUACUAUACUUGUAUUUCCUAGUCUUUUUCAAAGUCAUAAAUUAUGUUAUAUUUGUUUCAGAGUAUGAUACUCAUUAACUUAGGAUUUACGUAUAGAUUCCGGCACGUCAGACUGUUUCUACCCCGGCUUUGUUUGCUUAUUGACAUGAUCAACAAAGUCUCUCAUGAAAAAAAAAAUCCUAGAAUUGAUAUUAUUAGACAAGAUGUAAGCUUUAAUGCGUCGAGUUAUGUCAAGGGGAAGCAAAGGGAAUCAGUCAACAGUUUCAUCACUACUAAAAAACCAGAGUUUGAUCAUUAAGCCUAAGGUUGGUUUGCUGUCUCGCUCUGCUUUUACUUGACGUAGCAUAAUGUAUUCAUUAUGUGACAGUAUGAUAAACACAUGAAUUAUCACAAAGUUCCUUAUUUCAACCAAGAAAAUCAAACAUUUUUCUUCUUAAUUUAAAUAUUAACUGUAAACCACUUAUUUUAUGGUGCCCACUCCAAUAGACUGUUAAGUUCCAUUCUGGAGACAAAAUGUCCUUCAAUGAAAUCCACAUUCAAUUCUGAGAUGAAAGUUACCAGAAUGUCUUAAUGUGCUGCUUGAUAUUUACAAAUGUCUCUUGUUUAAUAUGAUCAAACAAAUCCAGAAUCUCGAGUAAUUCAAAGAUUUUUUUUAUAUACUGUAUAUAUAUUCAGUCCCCUUAAACUUGAGUGGAAGAUCGCCGUACAGUAUCUCCAGGAGCCUCGUAAACUGACACAAAGUCUUUACUGUUGUUGUUUACAGGUGGGAAGUAGCCAAUGACACUUUACAGUGUGUUACUUGUUUAUAAAUGUGCUUUUUACUACAUUAUGUUGUUAGUAUUGCAUAGCUACUUCUUUUAGUUUCAUCCCAGAAUUAUGUAAAAAAAAAACAUUGAUGGAGUGACAACCAGCCUAAGCCUAAACUUGUCAUGCUUAACAGCACCUAACCAGGAGCUUUGCAAAUCUCAUUAUUUUUACGUUUUGUAACAAUAAACUAACGGCAUUUAUUGGAGUUUAUGCCCGAGAGAAAGUAAUAGUUAUGGAUAAAUAAUAAUAUUAUUAUUAUAUUAAUUUGUAGAUAUUGAUAAAAGUUCAUGGGAAAGUCUUAUAAAUAAAGGAGCAUAACCUGUAUAAGAUCUGACUACCAACAAAUACGCAUUGCUGGAGUGACUGUGCCUAUAGCCGUUACUGAGGUAUACAAGUGCCAUGUUAGCGUAGCUGGGGUGUAGAGAACCGCCGAAGUUGCUUUAAGGUGAUUGGUUGUGUUGGGUUGAUCAGGGUCAGACGCAGUGACGGUAAUUAUACUAAACUAUUUUUUUUUUCGUAUAUACUGUAGUGUUUUAUAGGGAGCGUCUUGAUUGUUUACGAGUCAUUUAGGAUUUGGAGUCAUUAUAGCUAAGUGUUUAUCUAAGGUGGUGACAGUAAAAGAAUCCUGUGAAUAUACCUGUAGGUCGAGUUUUGAUGAAUGUGUGUGUGUGUGUGCUUGUGUGCAUGUAUGUGUGUGUUUGAUGUGUGUGUGUGUGUGUGUGUGUGUUGUCAAUAAGAUACACAAUAUGAUUAGUUGUAUCUAAAAUGCUAUAAAGUACAGUACCACAGUCACACAACCAGUGUUUCAGGGAGUCAAGUGCAGUGUUUUUUUUUUUAGUUUCUUCUUUCCAUAGUUUAUUUGUAUAUGGUUAAUACAGUUUUUCAUAGGAUCUUCUGUUAAUUAUAUAUAUUUUUUCUUCUCCAUUAUAUUUUUACCCAGGGAAUCGAAUAAAGUUUUUCUUAGGAUCUUUUGAUAAAAAUUUUUUCUCACCAUUACUUUAUUUCUUCAAGGAAUUUUUGUUCAGGUCUUUUGAUGAUAUAUAUACCUUUUUUUUCAAUAUGGUAUCAGUUUCUAUUAAAUGAAGUUUAGUGCACGUAGGAACCACAACACGGACACAUCAAAACAAUGAAGUGUAUUAAUAGGUCCUCAGUUAGAAAAUACGUAAACCCUCUCCUCAUCUACAUACAGACAGACAGACAGAUAAGAAACACAAGUAUCAGCAAAAUGAAACAAAUCUUAAGUGACAUGAAACCCAAUGAUGUAGUGACGAUUGUGUAUGUAAGAGUUAUAUGGUAAUCAUUUGGUAUUUUCAUUUAAGUAAAUCUAAGCUAUCUAUUCUACCUUAGUUAGGUUAGAAUGAUAAAUGCUUUCGAUAAGUUUUUCAUUUGACUUUUAUGCCAUGUCAUUGCUUAUGGAUUACUGCCAUAGAUACGGGACAAAAGUUACAAGAAAAAUUUCCUUCCUAAGCAUAGACAACUGGUUAGGCGAUACAGUCCAUCUGUAGAUCCAUGAUAUAGAGCAUAAUUAAAGGUUAUACAGGGUACUAUUUAAUAUUUACAGGUUUUCUUUUUACACUAAAUUUUCCUAAUAACUGUUGUCUGCUCUGGGGUGAUAUAGUCUUAUUGAUAAAGCCCUUCCAAACACUUUAAUGAUAUCUUUACAUCUACAGUGCUGAAUAUGUAUAAAUUAAGUUUUGUAGAUUAAUAUGAACUUUGAUAUGCAGUUUCAUAUCAAGACUACCAGAGCUUAGAUGAUAUAAUUAAUCAGUGCUUUUCAGUCUUAAUUGAUGAAGUUAUGGCAUUUAUUUCACUUAGAAAAUUUUGGCAGGGACGAAAGAGUCUUGUCUGAACACAAAUUACUGCCGCAUGUAAAGCAUAAAUUCACCCACAACACAUCUGUCAUAAUUUUUAUUGUUGUUGAACUAGUGCAUUACUAUCACUGUUAUGCACUUAAAAUACUUUCGUUGUUGAAGUGGGGUAAUAACAUUAUAACGACAACACAUCCAAAACAAAGAAAAAAACACAAAAUGACAAACAAACUAUACAUACUCAAUGAACAAAUAUGAAAAACAUUAAUAUUCUACAAGUAAUCAUUCACAAAUUAGAUCUCAGAAUUAUAAUACUGUAUUUCUUAAAGGCUUUUGUUACCACUAAAAGAGAGAAGUUGUAGUUAUUUAAAAAAAACCUUAGAGUAAAUAUAUAACAGCUGACUCAUGAACAAAUAAAGGAAAACAAAAUAUUUGGAAAUAGUAUUAUAUAUUAAAAGAAAGGUGUUAUAAUUAUUUCAUUUUGUAUCAAUGUGUAUUCAUAUUACUAUAGUUCACUUAAAAGCUAACUUGAGAAAUCUUGGUUUUUGAAAGAUUUGUUCCUUUAAAUUCUAUAUUUUAGAGAUAAUCAAUUUACCUAAUAAUAAACUAAGCUUAAAGUAUUUUUUUUUCACAACACAGUAAUUGGCUGCCUUUGAUACCUUUUGCUAAUGAUGUACUGUAUGGCAUAUACACUGUGGCCCUGACUGGCUGAUACACAGUGUAAUUUACCUGUCUGUAGAUUCAUAGUAACAAAUGCCUUUUUUUGACAAUAGACAGGUUAAGUGAGAAACAGAAAUUAUGAUGAGGUCAUUGUUGUACCAUGGGAGGUAUGAAGAUCAUUUAUAUACUAUUGUGUUUGUUUGUAAUAAUUUACCAACAAUACUAGGUGCAGAGAUCCUUGGUAGCUUAUCUCUAGUUCUGAAUUUUUGUUUGAAAAGUUAAACACCAAAAUACUUGAAAGGAACAGAGCCCUUGUUUAAAAUUUUACGUUUUGUUUUAAUUAUACACUAUAAAACAAUCAGCCGGGUAAAUGGAUGUAUGAGCAAACCUUUGAUGUUGAAUGUGAAGAAUCCCAACAAUUUUCCGUCAGCUCAUUGAAAAUGAAUGUACACAAACAUCAGGUCUUAAGGGUUCGUUCCUGAACACAACAUUUACAAAAUGGUCAGUUAUAUUAGAUUAUUGAGAUCUUAUGAAAAUUUAGGCAACCCAGCUUAUUUCACCUUAUGAUUAAACACCUUAAUACUGUACUACCCCCUUCCCCAUUUAGCAUUAGGGGUGUUUAAUCAUAAAGUGAAAUAGGUUGGGGGCCUAAUCUUCAUGUGAAUUGAUUACUCUGCUUAGGACUGUGAAACUUUUAUUCUUCAGGUGACACAACUAACCUAAACUAUCCCUGGAUGUUAAUGUUUUGGUUGGUCAGUCUAAGAGUUAGGUCAUCUGCUUUUAGACAUACAGUACAGUAAAUGUUUUAGUGGUUCUGUUGCAGGUAAUUUUCUAACACUGGCCACCUUGUGCAAAACAUGUCAUUAGUAUAAAGGAAAGCUGAACACAGCAUCACAAUACAAUACCCACUGUAUGUGAAUCAGGUUUUGGUGUUGCACUAGUUUCUGGUAUUUUGACAUUAAAAUAAAGGGGGUAUUUGUCACCACCUUUUAAUUUGUUCAACAUAACUUAAGAGAAACACAUUCUUUUCAAUCAUCUAUAGCGACAGUGUCAUUGUUUAAGGAUGCUAGAAAAUCUUUUUAACUUUUGCUACUAAGAAAGUACUGUACUGUAUUGAGAGGUUUUGGUAGUAAGUUUACUGGGUAUAUACGGCCUGUCACUUCUUCCAAUGUUUGUUGAGAAGUCUUAAUCUAGCUGCACUACGAAGUCAUUUUGAAAUUUUAAAAAAUUCGGAUACUUUUUCUUACUUCUUUACGGAGAAGCUUCGUAUGCUACGUUUUGUAGCAUUUACAUUGUGCUUGUAGAGUAGGUAUGUGGGGGUAUUUGUUAAAACUAAUGGGGAACUUUUUUAAUUUGAUAUUCACAUAUAAAUUUUAUCCUAAGAUAAUACAGUAUAUCAAAGAUUUAAUUUCUUUUAGAUUGAGCAUUAAAGAUAAACUUAUGCUCUACAGUAUACAUGCCGGGCAUGGAAUGCUACCUGUGCUUGACUCGCUAAUUUAAAGUUCAGUAUUUAGUUGUAUCUUUAUUAUUAAUGUCAUGAUGUAGGAAUAACCAAUUUUCAGCUAUUAUAAUAAGAAACAUGUUAAGAAUUCUUUAAUACUUAAUUAUAGUGAAAAUAUUUUAUAUAGAUCUCAAUUAGAAUUAUCUUUUGGAAAUUCCAAGUUAUAUUAUUUUGUGAUGCUAUAGCCAUAUUACUAUGAGUGAUAAAAGGAUACAGUCAUUUACUGUAUUAUUGUAAACUGUCAUGCAGCACAAAUUUAGUUCCCACUUUAUACUUGAUUUUUUCCAUAGUACGUCCCAUGCCUGUGACAGUCCGGAGCCACGGUGUGUACGUGUAGUUGUUUCAUAUACUGUAUUGGAACAACGUGCUUUUCCAUUAGAGUGUGGUUCGAGGUUCAUUCUGAACCUUUUCUUUCCCAAGAAAAUUGUAACUGAGAAUUACUUAGGUUCGUUUUUGGGCCUCUCCUUUCCCAAGAAAAUUGUGAUUGAGAAUUUUUAGAUGUAUGACAUUACGUUAAGUCCUGCGUGUAGUGUCAUGGCAUGUUUUUCCGGUCGUCCGUGUCACGGCCUGACGAACUUGGUAACCAAGCACUGUCUCCUGAAUUUGUGCUGACUGUACUAUCGUCGAGAUGUAUGAGAUGGUGUGGUUGAGUUGCACCUUUGAAUGUUGAAGGUUAUUCACAAGAGAUUUGAGGACUUACGGUAAUUUGUCAGGUAUAAAGGAAUAUUGAAUGCCAGUAUGUGCUAUUGUGAUGAUUAUAUAACAUGGAAAGAACAGUUUUAAUGAUGAGAUAUGUUUCAGAGGUACAGUAAUAUAUUGCCAGAUAUUUUGGGUGACAAAAGUGCAUAAUACCAAAUAUUUUAUGAUCUCCUUGUGGUGUUAAGGGCUUCACCACAAGUUCUUGUGAUAUGUUGUAUCAAAUGUGUUGGAAUUUUUAAAUCCUUCAUGCCAUUUCAGGAGACACACUCAGUCUGGCUAAGUAUUCCAGACAUUUUUAAGGUGUUUGUUAACUUGCUUUGCUUAAGUUUGUAAGUGGCAAGAUGACCAAUAUUUAAAAUUUUACCUUAAAUGGGAUUUUUUUCUAGCACAAAAUCCAAACUUUUAAUAUUUUUUAAGCAGACAACCCAAGCCUAACUUUACCUGACAGACAACCUUGGGUAGUCUUGGUAAGGUUGCAAUUUUUUAGCCAGGUCAUGUCACAUAAGAAUUGAAUGGUAUGCUGUCCUGUUCAUGGUAAUAUUUUAAUGUUGAACAUUUUGCUUGUAAGUGCAUCUUUGGUAAAUGCAUCUUCCAAAACUAUGUAUGGAUAAUUUUGGUGGCAUUAAGAGGUAUUAACACCCACAAACAUUAACAAAGCAUGUCAUGUUUUCAACACCAUAGAUGGAGUCGAGUGUUCUUUGUGAUUAUUGGCCUUAGAGUAUAUAAGUGGGUAAUAAAUGCUUUUUGUAAGACCUUCAUUUAUUGUGGAUAUUUUAAGGAUUACAGCAAGAGUUUCUGAGGUACACCAUGAACAGUAAAGGCUUGACUACCGAGUGCCUGCUUAAUCACAGUUGUGUCUCUUUGGUAAAUAAUGAUCCCAAAUGCUAUAUGUGUUGCAUGUGUCAUUGUUUAUUUAUCUACAUAGUAAAUGUGGAAUUAACAAAGGGUGCAGUAACCUAUUUAUAUCUGAUAGUCUUGAUGCACACAAUGCUGAUCAACAAAAUUUUUUAUAUUGCCGAGGUAAUUAAAAGUGUAAAAGAAGUUUUUGCUAUCAUUUAACUGUAUGAAUAAGGUAAUACUCUUUGUUUUUCUUUUAUUUACAAAUUUUUUAAUAUUUUGCUCACAGCAAGUAAUGUCACUAGUCACACCAGCUGACACUUAACAACUUAUACUGUAAAUGCCAUAAUCAUGAGCUUCACAUGAGAUUAUUCCUAUUAUAGUCAGCGUUACUUAUCACCAGGUGAGAUUUUCCAAACAGAUAAACAUCUGCAGUAAUGUUAAUGCAUCUGCACAUAGGAAGGUAUCUCUUGAAAGUCAUUGGUCAGUGCUUAACUUGUAUAAAACAAUGUUUCCUUUUAAUGUGUGUAUGUCACAUGUGCCGUUUCCUGUUCCCUUAUUUUUAUGGUCAACUGUACUGAAUCUCUUCUGAACGUUGCCUUUUAUUUAGUUAUAUUUUCUUAUAUAAAUUUCCCAGAUGAACUUGGGAACACUUGUGCCAUCUAAUGUACUUUAGAUUUGGAUUCUCAAAGAUUUGCACAUUAGUUCUUCCCUAUAGAUGGGUACAGUUUGAAAAGAACCCAUUUAGGUACAGGCACAGUACAGCACUGCACUGUGUAAGAACCCAUCUAAGUAUGGUAGAAUUUCACUGCAACAUCAGUGCCAUUUUGGGUGUAAUUUUUGUUCUGUAGCUGAAGUGAGCCUGUAACAUACAGCCUCGAUAACAGGGAAAGUUACUGUACUAAUCUCCGAGAGUCCGGGUCAGGAUGUAUUAUAACAGUUGAUGCCUACCGUAUGUUCUUUUGUUAUCAAAGUACAGUUUCAUUGUCCUGGCUAUUGUGUUUAUACUUCAGUGCUGUGAUUAAAUUCAUCAUUAGCAGUGUGGUAGCAUUUGCUGCAGUUUUAACAGAAAAGCACCAGGAAUCUUAAGAUAUUAAUUCUGUAAACUGUCUUUAUAUAUUUUUCAUUUUCCAAUUCUGUGAAAUUAUAAUUACAUAUCAUAAAUUCACAUUAUCUUUGUAAGAUUCAUAAAACUUGUAUUAUUGUUUAGCUCUUCAGUAUCACAGAAGAAUGCAAAGGGUGUUGUUAAUUACUGUUGGCAGUAGUAUGUGUAUAUGUUUAUUUACUUUGGCAGUCUGUUAUGGUUGGCAGUGUGUGGUCGUUUGCUGCUAACAGUACAUUAUGUCUUUAUUAUUUACUGUUGGCAGUAGUUAAAGCACAAGAGUAUUUUGUCUGUAAAACAUACAUUGACCACAAUUUUGCAGGUGUAAGAGUCAGUCCCAUAUGUUGAACAUUCAUUUUAUUGCCAUAAAUGGAGCACAUAUCAGGGAAGUCGGGUGAGAGGAUUUGUCAAUGGGUUUAAAAUGUCACAUGGGAAGCACAAAAACACAGAGUAAUGGAUUAUUACUUUUAUCCAUUUAUCUAUGUGUCAUGGUCUGUUAGUGGUCUGAAUUUUACAUAUAUUUUUUUUCAGUGACAUUUAAAACCUCACUGAAAAACUGUCACCAGUAUUUAUACCCAAUUUGGAGACGGGAGUAGAAACACUAAGAUUAACGGGCAUUUAAGGAUUGCGUUUGUGGUGUAAAUUGGUCAGAAAUGAAGGUAUGCCAGCUUUAGUUCCUCCUCUGUUUAUACUGUAUCAUAGGGAACACUUUAUGUACAUACGUAGUGUUUAACAUGCUACCUGUCUUUUUAACCGUCACGUCUUUCAGUUUUCGUCUUAAUUUUUUCUGCAUUAUGACAAAUGGAGAUUCGCUAUAAAGGAAGGAGCACCGUGGCUCUUGUUUACGUUUCUCCUCAACGUAUUUUUGCUGGAUGUAAUUGCCAGUCUCAUUGAGCACAAAGAUAAAGUGCACUGGUAAACAGACUAGCAAGUAGCAAAGCAUUUUAUGCUGUGCACAGCUCAUAGCCAUCUAUACAAUGGUUAAUUUCUGAAUUGAUUUUAUUUGUUAUUUUUAUAUCGAGGGAAAUUUCAGUAAACAGACAAACAAACCUGUACAACACUUAGAUUACAGACUACUGUAUACUGAAACUAAAUGUAAAUCAGAAACCAUUUCCAUUGCAGAAGCUCAAAGUACACACACUAUCAAAUUGAAAUGUCCUGGUUUUAAUAAUAUUCAGAGGUAUCAUAAGAAUGGUCAUCACUCAUUUUCAGAUCUAGUUUAAUUGAUAUACUGUAUGUGUAGCCUCCCCCCAAAAUAUUAGUAAGAUAAAGUGAGGGUGCUGGGACACAGAGCAUUAACAAUUUACCACACAGUAGAUUAAUGAGCUUAAGAUAGAUCAAACUGCAUUCAGUAAAUUUGUCAAUAUCAAGCUUUUAGGAGACAAAUACAAGUCUUGCCAAAUAAGUGUCAUGAACUGGACAUUUUUGAAAGUCGUCCUACUAAGGCAGGUCAUCUUCGUCUGUCUAUAGUGUGAUCGAUCAUGUAGGUGAAGAUGCUUUCACAAGGGAGUUAAUAUUUGGAGUAGGGAGGAAUUCUUGUUGAUCCAAGAUUCACGUUACAUCUUUGAAGUUUGUUCUCUCCUCUCUUGUCCAAGGUGCUAAACAUCAUAAUUCUUUCUUUUAAAAACAACAGUGUUUUUAUAGUUCCUAUUAGUUUGAAUUAUUGUAUUUUUUGCUCUCCUUUAUAAAUUAAUCACUUAACCCGAGUCCUUUAGGUCAGUGUUAUACCGGGUCAAAUUUUCCCCUUUAAUUGUUUACAUUAUAAAGCAGUCUCACCCGCUGCAAAGAAUAUCCAGAACCAGGAAUCAAAAUUAAAGAUUAAUGGCCGUAAUUGAGUACGAUAGGUGAAGCUAAAGCACAAAUGAUCAUUAUGGAAAAUAAAAUAAAUAAUUAAAUGCACAAUGUGUUUGUCUCACGAUGACAAAAGCUCAAGUUACUAUACUAGACGAGCUGACGUUAGCCAACCAGUGAAGGUUUCGAUUCACUGUUUCAGCCGUCACGGAAAUCUAUUUUUCGAGUUCGUAUACAUUUCCUUUUAGUUUCAAUAUGUUGCCUAAUUAAUUGUCAUAUUUUUAGGGAACCUAUUGGCAGAGAGACGAAACGUGUAAAUAUUCAUAAUUUUAUAAACCUUUUAUCUAUCAAGUUUAAAAAUAUUAAAUGGCCUCACUAAAUGUCUCACUGCAUGUACGAAUGCAAUAAUAGGGUCCCUAAGGCACUAAAUGACUCCUGAGAAUAACUUAUUAUACAAGAAGCUUUGCCAGACCUCACAGACUGGACCAUACUCCUUGACCAUGUGAAUUAUGUAAAUGAUUGGUAGCUUUAUAUAAAUUUUAUUGUUGGGGUAAUUAGGGAGAAAUAGAAAAUCUGUGGCAUAUGCUUUGUACUAUACCCUCAGCUGUAAAAUAACUAGAAAUAAAAGAUGUUCUAGUAAA